CCCAAAUGGAGCAGCAAAAUAUCUCCCGCCAUGAACAUGAAGACCCAGGAUUUUCUCUCACCCCUACCUCCUUUAACUCGUGCUACUCUCCUCAUUCCGUCCUCCACCAUAUCUCUCUCGGUCUCCCAUCCUCUAUUUCGCUUGCAACCUCAGAGGUUCUCCCUCGCAUCUUCCAAUGCCCUCAAACUCCGAGUCUACUUCAAGUCCCCUAGCUCAUUUUUCCAUUCCGGGUCCCAGCUCUCCGAUGCUGAGCAAGAAGAAGACGACUACGAAGAAGAGGAUGAAGACGACAACGAUGACGACGUGGCAGCCGAUGAGUACAACGACGUCUCUGGAGAUGUUUCUGACGGCGUCGUAUCAGGCGAUGACGAGACUGAUCUGUUUGGGGCCAAGACGACUCGGCACGAGGUCUUCAAGUGGCAGAGAGUCGAGAAGCUCCGAAAUGAGGUUAGAGAGUUCGGCGAGGAAAUUAUUGACGUUGAUGAGCUCGCUUCAGUUUACGAUUUCCGAAUCGAUAAAUUCCAGCGGCUCGCAAUUCAAGCGUUUCUAAGAGGUUCUUCAGUUGUGGUUUCUGCGCCUACAAGUAGCGGGAAGACUUUGAUUGCGGAAGCUGCAGGGGUGGCAACUGUAGCCAGAGGAAGACGGAUAUUCUAUACCACUCCACUCAAGGCGUUGUCCAAUCAGAAGUUUCGCGAAUUCCGGGAGACUUUUGGCGAAAGCUAUGUUGGCCUUCUUACGGGCGAUUCUGCUGUCAACAAGGAUGCGCAGGUUUUGGUCAUGACUACAGAGAUAUUACGCAACAUGUUAUAUCAGAGCGUGGGUAAUGUGUCUUCUGGAAGCGGACUUUUCCAUGUUGACGUGAUUGUUUUGGACGAGGUUCAUUACCUCAGUGACAUAUCUCGUGGUACAGUUUGGGAAGAGAUUGUUAUUUAUUGCCCCAAAGAAGUUCAACUUAUUUGUCUGUCAGCAACUGUUGCAAAUCCAGACGAACUAGCUGGUUGGAUUGGUCAGAUUCAUGGUAAAACAGAAUUAGUAACGUCAUCAAAACGUCCAGUUCCAUUGACCUGGCAUUUCUCCACAAAAGCAUCUUUAUUGCCACUACUUGAUGAGAGUGGAACACGUAUGAAUAGGAAGCUGUCACUCAAUUAUUUACAACUGCAAACAUCAAGGGUUAAAUCUUACAAGGAUGAUUGGACUAUGAGAAGAAAAUCUAGGAGACGUGGAACUUACACAAGCCAUGAUAGUGAUGAUAGCAUGUCUGAACAACGUUCUCUUUCAAAGAAUGAUAUAAAUGCAAUUCGUCGCUCACAAGUUCCUCAAGUCACUGAUGCAUUAUGGUACCUUCAGGAAAGAAGUAUGCUGCCAGCUAUUUGGUUUAUUUUUAGCAGGAAGGGUUGUGAUGCCGCUGUGCAAUACCUUGAAAAUUGCAAACUCUUAGAUGAGUGUGAGACUAGUGAAGUUGAACUAGCCUUGAAGAGGUUCCGCAUUCAAUAUCCUGAUGCUGUAAGAGAAACAGCAGUGAAAGGGCUUCUACAAGGGGUUGCUGCACAUCAUGCUGGGUGUUUACCUUUGUGGAAGGCAUUCAUAGAAGAGUUAUUUCAGAGGGGCCUUGUCAAGGUUGUUUUUGCAACAGAAACCCUUGCUGCUGGAAUCAAUAUGCCUGCUAGAACAGCUGUCAUUUCGUCCCUCAGCAAAAGGAGUGAUAGUGGGCGCAUUCAAUUAAGCUCAAACGAAUUGCUUCAAAUGGCUGGGCGUGCUGGACGCAGGGGCACUGAUAAACGUGGCCAUGUAGUCCUUGUCCAAACGCCUUAUGAGGGUGCUGAAGAGUGCUGCAAGAUUCUAUUUUCUGGACUACAACCUCUAGUGUCACAAUUUACUGCAUCAUAUGGAAUGGUUUUGAAUCUUCUAGCUGGUGUAAAAGCCAUUCAUAGGUCAAAUGAAUCAGAUGACACAAGGCCAUCCUCAUCAGGGAGAACUUUGGAAGAGGCUAAGAAACUAGUUGAGCAGAGUUUUGGAAAUUAUGUCAGUAGCAACGUUAUGCAGGCUGCUAAAGAGGAACUUGCUAAAAUUGAGAAAGAAGUUGAAUUACUGACAUCAGAGAUCACUGAUGAGGCCAUAGAUAGGAAAAGUAGCAAGUCCUUAUCACAAGUGGACUAUAAGGAGAUUUCAGAAUUACAAGAAGAAUUAAGGACAGAAAAACGUGUUCGGACUGAGUUGCGAAAACAGAUGGAAGCAAAGAGAAUUUCUUCCCUGAGACCUUUAUUGGAAGAGUCUGACAGUGGACACCUACCUUUUUUGUGCUUGGAGUACAAAGAUUCUGAUGGAGUCCAACAUUCAGUUCCUACUGUAUUUCUGGGGAAGGUUGACUCUCUUAAUGCUUCAAAGCUCAAGAACAUGGUUUCUUCUGAUGAUUCAUUUGCAGUAAAUUUAGUAGAUGCUGGGUCUAACAAUAACGAAUCUGAUGAUUCUGACUUGAACGGGGAUCUUGGACCAUCGUAUCACGUGGCUCUUGGUUCAGAUAAUUCCUGGUAUCUGUUUACGGAGAAGUGGAUUAAAGCUGUAUAUAGGACAGGCUUUCCUAACGUUGCAUUGGCCCAAGGGGAUGCUUUGCCUCGUGAAAUUAUGAGUAUUCUCCUUGACAAGGAUACAAUGAAGUGGGAUAAGCUUGCUCACUCUGAACUUGGUGGUUUAUGGGUCAUGGAAGGAUCUCUAGAAACAUGGUCUUGGAGUUUAAAUGUUCCUGUUUUGAGUAGUUUUUCUGAAGAUGAUGAGCUACUACAAAAUUCUCAAGAAUAUAGAGAAGCCAUUGAAAAGUACAAGGACCAAAGAAAUAAAAUCUCGCGCUUGAAGAAAAAGAUAUCACGUACUGAUGGCUUUAAAGAAUACAAGAAAAUCAUAGACAAGGCCAGGUUUACCGAGGACAAAAUUAAACGCUUGAAGACUAGAUCAAAACGAUUGAUUAAUCGAAUAGAGCAAAUCGAACCCUCAGGUUGGAAGGAGUUUCUGCAGGUCAGCAAUGUCAUACAUGAAACCAGGGCUUUGGAUAUCAAUUCACACGUCAUGUUUCCUCUCGGUGAAACUGCUGCUGCAAUUCGAGGAGAAAAUGAACUGUGGCUCGCAAUGGUCCUUCGCAAUAAAAUCUUAUUAGAACUAAAGCCUGCAGAACUUGCUGCAGUGAGUGCAAGUUUGGUUUCUGAGGGUAUCAAGCUCAGACCCUGGAAAAACAACAGCUAUAUAUAUGAGCCUUCUGCAACCGUAACUAAUAUAAUUGGUUUCUUGGAUGAGCAAAGAAGCGCCCUCUUUCAAAUUCAGGAGAAACAUGGAGUAACAAUAUCUUGCACUUUAGAUAGCCAAUUUUCUGGUAUGGUUGAGGCCUGGGCUUCUGGGUUGACAUGGAGAGAAAUUAUGAUGGAUUGUGCUAUGGAUGAAGGCGAUUUAGCUCGCCUCCUUCGAAGGACUAUUGAUCUCUUAGCUCAGAUUCCCAAGUUGCCAGACAUUGAUCCAUUGUUGCAGCGCAAUGCUCUCGCUGCAGCUGAUGUCAUGGAUCGCCCUCCAAUCAGUGAACUUGCUGGUUAGCUGUAGUUGUAAAUGAUAUGCCCCCAUUCUAUUUUCAAGGUACUUUUUUAAAAA